GGAGCAAUCACCGUGCUUCAAGCUUUCAGUGUUCGCAGAGGAAGAGCGCUUGAGCAACAUGGGCACCUUAACAUGGACAGUUUGGCUGUUACUCGCCCUCACAGCAUUAGACAGUAACGUUAAAGUUGAAGCGGCCUCUGAUAUUCAAAGCGACAAUGGAAACGAGGGAUAUCUCUGUGGGUCUAGAGAUGUAGCUAAACAGGGCUGCGGUCCCAAGGAGGAGCUCUCUGAGGAGCAGAAAAUCAUCUUAAAGAAAAUAAUGGAUUAUUUAAAGGUGUAUUUUUAUCCGACGGCGAUGGGCGAUUUUACGUUCAACGGGCAGCGCAUUUCGAUAGACUUCAUAGUGACAGCUGCGUACAUCGACAGGAAACGCUUUUUUUAUGAUAUAACGGUGGAAGAUCUGUGGGAAAAAAUACAGCUGUACGAGUAUUAUGAGAAGAAAGCUGAAAGCGAACCACGAAACCGGGACAUAAGCAUGUACGAACACGUCACAGCGACCUUUAUAAAAACGUGUGUACGAAACAGAGGAAGCACUACGGGUCGAAUUUACAUGGAAGGAAGGACAUAUGAUUUGAAUAGUAUCAACUACAUAUGGAGGAAUAUUGAAAACCCCACGACUUCGAAGAUAAUCAAAGAAAUAAAAACACAUGCUAGAAGAUAUAAAUCUCAUGUUAUCAUAAGGCCACUGCCGGAAGAACCAUAUCCACAACAAAUACACGCACUUUACGUCAUAGAAAAGUUCCUGAAGACGCAAGGUUCCAGCGCUACGGGCACAUUCUUAUUCGUCGGACAAAGAGUAUCUGUACAGUUCAUCGUAUGGUAUCUGGUCCAGCACGGAAGAAGUGUCAAGAAUUUAACGGCCAAAGAGUUGUUUGGCAUCAUAAGUACUAACAUCCACGAUGUUGAAGAAUUUUACAGACGGCAUGAGAAAGAGCAAGCGGUCAUGAGGGCCAUACUGAACUAUCUGAAAUUUCUGGGCGAUGGAGCGAUAGGUGAAGUGACGUUCAAAAGCCACACACUCUCAAUAGACUUCAUAAUGACUGUCGUGCAUUUGCAAGGCAUAGACAUAUAUUCACUGGAGGUGUCAGAACUGUGGGAACUAAUGAAGAUGUAUGAACUUUAUGAGAAGAAACUUGGAAGUGAAACACAAAACCGGAAUAUAAGCAAGAAUGAACAAGUCACACUGCUCUAUGCAAUAACGUAUUUGAGAAACGAUGGUGGGGUUACAGGUCAAAUUGUCAUAGAUGGAGUGAAAAUUCCAGUAUCUUACAUACUGAACCAACUGAAGAUACGUGGAAAAGAUUUUCAUACCGUCACUAUCGACCAGUUAUAUAUACCUCUAAGGGCCUACUUAAGUAAAUACACCCCUCCUACACGUGUACCCCUAGGCACACAACCAACAGAGGAACAGACACUUGAACUUAGGGCCCUAAUAGACUUGAUGAAGACGCAACGGUCUCCCGCUGUGGGGUCAUUCAUAUUCAGCGGGUACAGAACUUCUGUACAGUUCAUUCUAAGCUACAUGGACCAACAUGGACUAAGCAUCGACAAAUUGAGCAGCAAAGAGUUAUGGAGCAUCAUGCUCCUGCAUGAACGUAAUUAGACAAACACAAACACUUCAGUAAGUGUAGGGCCAGAAAGCGGGGCAACAGCAGCAAGAAAAAAAACUGAGGUGGUGUAAGCACACAGAACACUUGACCCAUUGGAACCGUAUACACAGAACCACAUUUAGAUGAAACACUUCACAGAAUCCUGGAGGAGCCUCUUUCUGAAGGAUUAAAUGCGACUGAUUACAUAGAGUUCAGAGGAAGAGACAUCUCCGUGCAGUUCACACUAACCGUUUUGAGGCUGAAACAUAUCGAUGUCCGCAACGCCACAGCUGCAGACAUAUACAACAUCUUAUUGUUAUAUUUACACUAUGCAGACACCGCUGCGUCAAAUGAACAAGGCGUACCUCAGGACGAGAUCCUUACAUUACUGGCGAUUCUGCAAUAUUUGAAGACAAACAUAGAAGGUAACAAUGGGAAUUUUACUUUCGAAAGAUACAAAACCUCAAUAGAGUUCUGAACAGAAUUUAUCAAAGCACAAAAAAUAAGUAAAACUAAUUUUACAAUAUCUGCACUUUCCGUAUAAUCCUCCAGAUAUAUAUCGCACAAGAAGGAAGCUCGAUUACUGUUAAUCCUAAACCGCCUGGUGAACUUAUCGCCAGCCUGGAAGAGGUACUGCAGAUCCUCAAGGCACAAGGGGACAAUGCCACAGGAGCUGUUGAAAUCAAUGAGUAUAUCAUCACAUUCCAAUACAUCAAACUUAUCCUAAAGGCGCGAGGAAUCGACGCUCAGAAUGUAAGCCGAGAGGAGCUCUGGCUCAUAAUAGAGUUGUCUAUAGAGUUUCAGCAGCAGUCGGGGAAGGCUGAAACAGGUCCUCAAGCAGUACUGAAAUUCUUCAUCGAAAUUCUCUCAGACACUGAGAGUGUUAAUACUUCUGUUCUUGUGGGGGAUGGACACAGCGUUUCCAUAAGCGAGAUCGUGUUUGUUCUCGGCUUAAAAGUUGAUAACGCAACCGGUAAAUAUGACACUGCAAACCUUACCACUACCACAUUGUUGAGAGCAGUUCUGGGGGUUAUAGGAAAGCAGGGAGCUUCAACUGUUCCCUCGAUAACAGCACAUGGAAAGGAUGAACUGCUCAAGGAAUUCCUUCAAGUUAUCUCGAAUCCCGACAAUGUCGCGAACACUAUCAUUCUGUUCAAUGGGCAGCAAAUUAGUGCGCAAGCUCUAGUAAGUGCACUAGGUCUACACAUCGAUAGUGCAACAGGGAAAUAUGACACACACAGCCUUACUGCGGAUCAACCGUUUGAAACAAUCCAGCAGGUCGUAAGCACCGCGCAAAACGCAACUACAUGAUGUCUACUGAAUCAUAAGCAAGAGGGGAGACAAAUGUCUUCUAUCCUGAAUUUCCACUGCAUUUCUGGGUUCUUAGGAAGGUAUGGGGCCAGUGACGUCUUUCAUUUCAUGUACACCUACAAUUUGGUAAAAGGGACGGUUUACUCUGUUACUGCUUAGCCGGAAAUGUUUCUUCCAUCUGACGUCACACACAGAAUACGCUGCUCAGAGUAGAAGAGGCACUUCCAGGGGCAACACAGAAGGAUGGAGUGUCCACAAGAUAUCACAAUCGGAUAUAAGAUUCCAAGUUUAGCCUUCUUUGCGUGCUUCCCACCGCUCCAACAAUUCCUUGUUGGCAUUCCGAUUCACGCCUAUGUAAGAUAAUUCCCCUUCCCCAUCAGUACACAUUUUCGUUUACAGUUAUUUUAGUCUCCAGGUUUCCAACAAAAUUCUUGCACUUGGACCUGCAUUUCGUACAGUUUCAAGUUGCAAAAAAAAAAGGGGGGGGAAGUACAACUAUCCCUGUACCAGGCCGUGAAGG